AGAGGCGGGGCUCCGGGCUGGGGGGCGGUGCGACCUCGCGCGAGGACGCCAGCGCCGCCAUCUUGCCUCCGGGCGGAAGCGGCCGAGCGGCCCUCCCGGGGCGACCAAUCAAAAGGGAGCGCGGGGCCACGUGACGGGCAGCCGGCCCACGUGACGGGCGGCCGGCUGGGCCCGCAGCCUCGCGGCCCGCGGACCUCGGGGCCUCCGCGCGCUCGCCGGCUGGCCUGCGCGCCAUGAAGCUGCCGCGGCGCGCGUGGCGGCACCGGACGGCGCUGGGCCUGGGCGGCCUGGCGCUGUGCGGCGUCGCGCUGCUCUACCUGGCGCGCUGCUCGGCCGAGGGCCCUCGCCCGCCGCCCGGCCACGGUCCCGGACCCCCGCCCGCCGGCCCCGCGCGCGACGCCGCCUUCCUGGCCGUGCUGGUGGCCUCCGCGCCGCGGGCGGCCGAGCGGCGCAGCGUGGUCCGUGGCACGUGGCUGGCAACGGCGCGGCGCGGCGGCCCAGGCGACGUGUGGGCGCGCUUCGCGGUGGGCACGGACGGCCUGGGCGCCGAGGAGCGGCGCGCCCUGGAGCGCGAGCAGGCGCGGCACGGGGACCUGCUGCUGCUGCCCGCGCUGCGCGACGCCUACGAGAACCUCACAGCCAAGGUGCUGGCCAUGCUGGCCUGGCUCGACGAGCACGUGGCCUUCGAGUUCGUGCUCAAGGCCGACGACGACUCGUUCGUGCGGCUGGACGCGAUGCUGGCCGAGCUGCGCUCCCGCGACCCCGCGCGCCGCCGCCGCCUCUACUGGGGUUUCUUCUCGGGCCGCGGGCGCGUCAAGCCGGGGGGCCGCUGGCGCGAGGCGGCCUGGCAGCUCUGCGACUACUACCUGCCCUACGCCCUGGGCGGCGGCUACGUGCUCUCGGCCGACCUGGUGCACUACCUGCGCCUAAGCCGCGAAUACCUGCGCGCCUGGCACAGCGAGGACGUGUCCAUGGGCGCCUGGCUGGCGCCCGUGGACGUGCAGCGCGAGCACGACCCGCGCUUCGACACCGAGUACAAAUCCCGCGGCUGCAGCAACCAGUACCUGGUGACGCACAAGCAGAGCCUGGAGGACAUGCUGGAGAAGCACCAGACGCUGGCGCGCGAGGGCCGCCUGUGCAAGCAGGAGGUGCAGCUGCGCCUCUCCUAUGUCUACGACUGGUCCGCGCCGCCCUCUCAGUGCUGCCAGAGGAAGGAGGGCAUCCCCUGAGGCGGCUGCUGGGAGAGAGGGGUGGCCGGGACCAACGCCUCAGGACGUGGCGGCAGCCGGAGUCCUUCGGGAGCCCCCCACCGGUCUUACUCUAGGGGAGCUGACCGGGCCGGCUGGUUGUCUGGGAUGAAUCCAGCACUCGAGGGGGACCUCGUUUCUGUGGUCACCGGUGGGGCUUUCCAGCAGAUGCCAUGCAGCACGGACAACUGGACCCCAGGUCCAGUCUGCACCCAGGGCCGCGCACCUCAGUGGCUGCACCAACCGCCUUGCUCAAGAGCCUCUUGUUCUGGGGCUUGCAGGGCGAUGCAUUGUGUCCAGGGAGAAGCGUCCUGCCCCUGGGUUUCAGCCAGCAUUUGCCUGGACUGGGAAGAACCUCCCGGGUCUGCAGGGGCUUGCAGACCAUCCCAUCCCCCCCCCCCUUACCCUGUCCUCCUGCCGUCCUGUCCCACCCAAGUCAGGGACGAGGAGCCAAAGGCUGGAGCCGACCCGCACUUGCAGGCACGGCUCUGCUUGUUCUGGGUGGGACGACACCCUGUCCUGCAUCCCGUUUGAACCAACCGUCCACCUCGGAAGUCACUGCCCCGAGAGCCGUGACUGCUGUGAACUGACCCACCGCGGGCCCUGGCCAGUGGCACCGCGGGCCCUGGCCAGUGGCGACUCGGCCGCGUGUUGCAACCCAGUGGCAGUUGGAGAACUGCGGUCAGGUGGCCUCCUGUGUGUCUUCCUCUGUUGGUGUCACGUGUGUGCACGUCCCAGAUCGGACUUCUUUUUAUGUUAAUUAGCUCUGGUCUCUGUGUCUCCCGGCAGCGAGUGUGUGGUCAGUGUCCUCAGCUCCUGCCUGUGGUUUAUUUAUAAAUAUUGUGCGUUUGUGUAGAUAGGAGUUUCAACUGGGAGUGUGUGGUCUCGGUGUUGUUUUUUUUAAAUUAUUUGAGAAGAUGUUUCUGUCGGAACUUGGAAUUCGUGGAUUAGUCUGUUUUGACAGAGUGAGCUGUAGACCCGUGGCUGCAUGUGUGUUUAAACACGGAAGAAUUUUAAAACUG